GGAACAUUUACCAGGAAGACUUUCUACAACCACUCUAACAAGCUUCAUAUUAAGAACCUAUUUUAUCUUGUUUAAUAUCUACUUGUCAAGAAAAAAAGUGCAGGCAUGUCUUCACUUCUUCCUCAGCAGUUCUUCAAGGGAACCUUCUUCCCACUUCGAGGGGCUGUGUUCAUCUUAAACCAUCCGCUAUUCCUCAAGCACACCGUUACUCUCGCGAUUCAAGAACUAGCCCUUACAUUCUUUCUCUACUUCUUCUACGCCUUGGCCACUUCCUCUGUAGUGGCUGUUACAACGAUUUUCAAUUUACCCACGGGGUUUGGUCCCAUGGUGUUUCUGGUUGCACAAUUCACAAUGUUCACUCAAUCCAAUAUGGUUGCCGCGUGGGUCUUCAGAAGAGCUAACCAAGAGGACUUGAACGGAAUGAUCGAUGCUGUUUAUAGUGUGCAAGGGAAGCAUGCGGUGAUUUUGAAAGCUCGACUUCGAGGAAGGUUCACAAGAGCCCGUUCGUUACCGUACAUCUAUCGCAGAACCCUUACCAACUUGUUCAGGACCUACUUCUUUUCCUUGUACGUUCCAAAGGUGCUCAUCAGGUUUUUCUUGAAUUUUGGGAUCCCGAUAAUCGGGCCUUAUAUUGCGAGCUUCUCGAACUGUGGUGGGGUGGGAUUUGGCUACAAUAACCGGUUUAUGGACCUCUCUGGCUUCAACCGAAACCAGGCCAUCAUCAACUACGUACAUCACAAGUCAAUGUACUAUGGAUUCGGCUUUGGGGCUAGUGUUUUGGACAAUUUGCCCGUGAUGGGAAGCCUUCUCUUCUACUCAAAUAGUGUAGGAGCCGCCCUCAUGUCGUGUGAGGAAAUGGUCCCAAACUAAGAAAUGGGAGCUCUACACUGCCCCUUCACAUCGAUCAGGAUAAAAGAACAUAAUUGCGAUAUAUGUAGAAACUUGAAAAACAUCCUAUUUAAAGAAUACUGGCAAUACAUUAC